UGGAGGAAGCCGGAAGUGCAUCAGUCUGGGUCCGUCUGGGCGUUGCGGGAUUGGGGCCUGGGAUCGCUUGGCCCGGGCAGCUGAGAAGCCCGUGACCGGGCGGAGCGGCGCCAUCCCGUCCCUGAGAUCUACUGAUCGACAGGCUCUGCGCGCCCCGCUGAGGUCGGCGGCCAUCAGCAGUGACUGCAGAGCUACGGCGGGCGGCCCCGGGCAUGUAUGCCCCUGGAGGCGCAGGGCUGCCGGGAGGGCGCCGGCGGAGGAGUCCGGGAAGCAGCGCUCUGCCCAAGCAGCCAGAGCGGAGCCUGGCUUCGGCCCUGCCUGGCGCCCUGUCCAUCACGGCGCUGUGCACUGCCCUGGCGGAGCCCGCUUGGUUGCACAUCCACGGAGGCACCUGUUCCCGCCAGGAGCUGGGGGUCUCGGACGUGCUGGGCUACGUGCACCCGGAUCUGCUGAAAGAUUUCUGCAUGAACCCCCAGACAGUGCUGCUCCUGAGGGUCAUUGCUGCUUUCUGCUUCCUGGGCAUCCUGUGUAGUCUCUCUGCAUUCCUUCUGGACGUCUUUGGGCCCAAGCAUCCAGCUCUGAAGAUUACUCGUCGCUAUGCCUUUGCUCACAUCCUCACUGUCCUACAGUGUGCUACUGUCAUUGGCUUUUCCUACUGGGCUUCUGAGCUCAUCCUGGCCCAGCAGCAGCAGCAUAAGAAGUACCACGGCUCCCAAGUCUAUGUCACCUUUGCUGUUAGCUUUUACCUGGUGGCAGGAGCUGGUGGAGCCUCAAUCCUGGCUACUGCAGCCAACCUCCUGCGCCACUAUCCAACAGAGGAAGAAGAGCAAGCCCUGGAGCUCCUAUCUGAGAUGGAAGAGAAUGACCCCUACCCAGCAGAGUAUGAAGUCAUCAACCAGUUCCAGCCACCUCCAGCCUACACACCCUAAUGCCAGCCUGGGCUCUCUUCCUCAGCAGCCCUUCCCCCAGUGCCACAGCUCCUCUUACACCCAGAAGAGCCACUUCCCCCAGCAGGUCUCACCGGUAGGACCCUGACCAUCUUCACCAAAUCUUUCCCAGCCUUUAGGGUUGUCCAUUUGUCCCUGCUCUGCAGAGCUGGGACUCUAAUUUUAUACAAUGUACUCUUUCCCCUCCCAGAACCCUCUGCUCCUUUCCUAUUCACUAGCUCCUUCUACCCAGGGAUGGUCAGGCAAGUUUCCUCCCUCCGUGGGCCGUGGUUUUGGAACUGGGACUUUCCUUGGGUUGCUGCUGGUAGUGGAUAGUCUCUGAGAGAGGUGCCAAAAGGGCACAAAGGGAAGGGGACUGUGCCAGGUAGGUUCACUUUGCCAGGCCCAGCAUUUGUACCACUUCUGUGUGUGGGCUGACUCAUUCCUUCUAGAGUGCCCUAGACCCAGCUGUCCACUUUGUGGAUCCUCUGCACUUUAGCCUCUGGGCCACUCCUCAUGUGUGCUCUGACUUUCUGGAGAGAAGGGAUUGCUGUUGCUCUCCUGCCCUGCCCUGGCUUCUGGUGGUUGGAGCCAGGCAAGGAAGCAGAACCAGACAAGAGACUGAUCCUGUUGAGGACCCCAGUGAAGGGGACUGAGUGCCCCAGCCCCUUCGUCUUUUAAUGUGAGUGGUUUUAAAAGGAAAAAACAAAACAAAACCAAGCAAUAGCAGCCAUGCUUUCUAAAACAUGGAUAUGGUUGUUGUUGUUCAGAAAUGGAGCCCAUCCCUUAGACUCUGCAAUAUUUUGGACCAUAGCUCUCUCUAAGCCUAUAGUUACUUCUCCCAGUCUCUCCAAUAAAAUGCAGUCUUUGUGUCCUGACUUCUUCCAGGCAGCUGUGGCUCCCUGCGGCCUUUCUGUGGAACUAGGGCCACAUGGCCCCCGCGGGGCUGAGAACUAUGGCCUGGCUGGCUGGCCAGCGUGGUGCUCCUCAGAACUGUGGCACUGAGAUGUAACCUGGCCUCAGUUCAGGCACAGGGGCCAAGCAGGGCAGGACCCUCCACUCUCCACAGUAGUACUCCACACAGAGGUGCAUCAGGUUGGUGUCAGGACCCUGUCAGAUGUGCAGGCCCGACUGUAGCCUUCAGAGUCAAUGUGUCCCCUAGCCUGUGACUUGGGGCUACAGCUUGCUGCAUGCCCCUCUCCCCUUCUGGAAUGUAUGCUGGUCUUGCGGUGUGCUACUGGGCUGUUACUCUAGCUAUUUUAUUUGCCUUGGGUCCAAUUUUAUUGUUUAUUUGUCUAUUUUGUUGUUUUGCCUGGAGACCUGGGGCAUAAGGUAGGUGGGACUUGAGAGGCCUGCAGCUUGGAUCCAGAUAGGCAAGCUGUUCUUGUUUAUUGAUGAGCUCCUUUGGAGUGAGAGUCUAGUGCUAGCUGAAAGAGAGCUGGAUUACAAUCUCUUCUCACCCGUAAGACAACAGACAUUUUGAGCAAGAAUGGAGACUGAAUACAGUUACUGAACUGUGACUACAAGACUGUCACCUCCCCGUUCUUUGGCCAGAAGGAGUGGGGAAUAUGUGGACAAAUGGCUGUGCAGAUGAGGACCAAGUGUGCCCGUAAGAAAGCGUGUGCUUGGAGCCCCCUGCUGCAAUGCCAAAGUGUGCCCCAGUGUGGCUCUCCCAUUCUUCCAGACCUUCUCUGAGGCAAGAAAGCUGCCAGGUGAGGCCUGAGCACAAAAUCAAGGAGCUAAAUUAAGACCACCUUUCUGUGAAGUCCUGAGCUCAUCAUUGGCAGGUUUCUGAAGUGUGUAGCCAGCUCUCUCUACUGUGGCAUCUGAGGGAGCAGGCCAGAAGACCAGGCACCAAACAUGCAUGCCAAAGUGAAUGAGGACUCGCCCUGUGGACUGUUCCUUGUGAUUUGGAAUCCACUUUUUACUAGCUUCCCAUUCCUCUAGCCUUUCUUUCUCUUUCCCCUUCCAUUCUGACACUAUAGUUUAUCAUAUAAAUUUCUCUGGUUGUGUUUUUCUUUUCUAGGAAAAAAAAAUUAAAAGGCAAAACAAAACCUUGAAACUACAAAUGAGAACACAAAUUCCAGUGGCUGCCUGUCAUUUUUGUCAUAAUUUUCCAGAUGUUUGUUCUCUUCCUCCCAGAGAAGUAGGAAACAUUCAGCGAUGAAGCCUGUAACGGAACACAGUUAGUAGGAGCUUGGCAUUUUGAUCCUUCAGAGCCUCCCAGUCCUGACACCUUUCACAGAGGAAGUUCCCAAAGCCCACAGCUAGAAACAGCAGGUGCCUCUGCCCGAGAUGUCUGCUACGAACCUUGAGCUGCCCUCUCUGCAUGUCCUGAUGAGCUGCAGAAGGGCUGUUUUCAGAGCUCUAGUGGUGCUUCCUGGAAAAAGUCUGAGAAUACAAAUGAUUCCGGGAGCAAGACUUGCAGAGUUGCUCUUCCGGGCAGCUGAUGGGUGAAACCUUAAUGGCUGCCCAUGCUCUCGGUUCAUUCAUUCUCAACCGGUCUUGGGGCCCCAGGUGUAUAUUUGAUGAAAGCAUUUAGGGCCCUCUUUGGGAAGUAGUCCAUUCCUAGCAGGAUACGUAUCUUUCCUGGAAACUGAUAAUCUCAUUUUGUGUCCAAUAAGACAUUUCUGUGAGGGCCCAUUAGAUUAUGCACAAAACACUGAGCCCCAUGAAAGAGGGUAUCUGACAGGACCUUGUCUCCAGGAUUGUCUUUCCUUAGCUCAGGAGACAGAUUCCCCCAUCAGGAAAUAGUGAAAUGAAUAGUCUCCUGGACACCUUGGGAAAGUCCUAUACUGGAGAUGGGAGGCUGGUUCUAACCAAAAUAAUUACCAACAGCUUUCUGAAAGGAGCAGGUAGAGCUGGGUUGGUAUGGGAGAGCAUUUGAAGGAGCAGCCAUUCCCUCUGAGGGACUGGCAUGAUGGCCAGGGUGUGGUGCAGAGUGAGAUGGUGAAGGCCCAUCUGAUGUUCCUCAAGCAGCAGGAAGCCACAGGAGGGCUCCGAAUACGCACUGCUGGUGGUGUGGAGGGCUGUGAUGUUAAGUAAAGCACCAGAGAGUGUGGGGAUUGGGGAGCAGGUGGACAUGUGUGAAGGACCCUCAGGCCUGGUAGAAUCGGGAGAGAGCCCAGGAACUCCAACCCCGCCACAGUGCACUAGAAGACGGGAUCAGCCUUGUAACUCAAGAGGGCUUCAGAGGAGAGGCUGUGUUGUGUUCAGGAUGGCAAGGAGAAGUCUUGGGAAUCACAAAAUGGCUGUUGUACCUAAAGGAAGGGCAGUUCUCUCCAGAUAACCUCAGAAUCCUCAGCUGGUUUCUUACUCAGAGAUGCCCAUGCCCUGGGCCAUGACAGUAUGGAAUACAAGUUUCUGUGGGGAGACAGAAAAGAACUAAUAAACUUUA